AUGCGACUUAUCAAUGUUACCCCAGCAAUCGCCGAUAAGCUCUUAAUCACAGUGUACAGCAAUGUCAAGAUCGCAGGGCCAGCACGAUUCAAAGUUAGUGAUCCGGUGCGCGUGAGCAAAUUUAAAACAGUAUUCAAUAAAAGAUAUACGCCAAAUUGGACGACCGAAGUAUUUAAAAUCAGUAAAAUACAAACGACCUAUCCUGUGACGUAUCUGCUUGAGAAUUCACGCGGGCAAUUUGUUGCUGGAGGAUUCUACGAAUACGAACUGCAUCCCGUUGCACAUCCAGACGUUUAUCUUGUGGAAAAAGUAUUACGCAAGAAAGGCGAUAAGGUUUAUGUAAAGUGGCUAGGAUUAGACAAGUCAUACAACUUUUAG